GGAAGAAAAAUUGAACAUCAUUCACACAUUUUGCCAGAUGUAAUCAUAACAAGAACAACAGAAUUUCGUAUAAACAAUCUUCAGAAAUCAAGUGAUUCAUUUAAUACUGAAAUAAUAAGCUUGCCCAGCAACAAUUCAAUCGAUAUGGCUUCUUCGGAAACACAAGCAAAAACGGUGAACUACAAUGAAAUCAUGAAUUGCGGAAAUAGUGAUGAUUAUGAUGAAGGAUAUUCAUCGAAAUAUAAUCUAGAUUUGGUCGAUUUCAUAUCAAAUGAUCAUAUGUCAUCAUUAAAUCAUCCAUUACAUCCACAAGCGAUAGACAAAGACAAAACAUCAUCAUCAACACAUCAAUCGAUAAACUAUUCAUCACCGAUGAAUUCUUUCAAUCCACAAUAUUCAAUGUUAAGCUUAUCAAAAAGUCAGAUUAGACCAGAAUUAUAUCAAUUAGCAUUUGAUGUUCAAACUGAUCAUGAUGGCCAGGAUGAUGAUGAUGAUCAACAGCAGAGCAGUAGCGAUUGGUCGACAGUCAUCAUUGAUGAAUCGCCCAUUACAAGUUAUCCACAACCAACAAAAUUAUCGAAAUCACGGAAUACGGAACCAAAAACCUUAUUGGUAACACAUGAUCAAAAAAUUGACCAAAAUCGUACAGGAAUAUGGAUGACAAAAGCAGCACAACUUAAUCCAACCGCUUCAUCAUUCAUACGUGGUACAAAUAUGAUUACAUCACAGCCAGUUUGUUGCUGUUGUAUUAUGUGAAAUGAUGAUAGCUCAUCUGUGAUUAUAUUAAAAUUCAUGUUUUCAACAUUUAUCAUUUGAAAUAUUUGUUAAAUUUUUUAAUU